GUGUGUGUUAGAAGUGUGCUGAUUAUGAAUCGAAGCUGCUUCCUCAUGUAUACAGGAGUAAACGGUUCAGUGUGUGUAGUUGUGUAGUUUUGUCACACACUAACACAUUCACAGUGUUUGAAUGUGUGUUUAUGAUGAAGAUGAUGAUGAUGAUGUUACAGGAGGAAGGAGAGAAGUUCAGACUCCUCUCACUGCUGCUGGCGCCAGUGACACGGCUACACACCUACCUGAACACUGUACAGGUGCUGCUGAGCUGCUCGAGCAGUGAACACUCAGACUGGCGCUCGCUACACAACAGCAACCAGGUGCUACGCAACCUUUACACACGAUGUCACAUGUCCCUCGAGAGGGCGGGGAGAUGGACUGAUGGGGCAGGGCGACCAAAAGAGGGGGCGGAGUCAGUGAACGGCCUCAGUAGCAGGUGUUGUGCUGAGAGCCCCGAGUGCGCGCGCUCCGCCUUCACCAAAUACCGCGCCAACGAACAUCAAAGAGACCCGCAUCACCUCACAGUGCCACGCCCCCUACUGACCCCUGCUGGAAUACUGCGGAACUCGCGUGAGCGUUUGUGUGAGCCGCCGCCCCCUGCUGGCUGGACGGAGAGCUGCAUGUGGGAUUUCCGUGCUGUGGAGUGCCGCCCGGUUCCUGCACGUCGUCCUCAGAACCUGUUUCUCAACCCUGGCGCUCCAGGAGAACUUCCAGCUUCCAUCCCGACCCUGAAGUCCCCGUCGGGUUUGGCCGAGCGUCUGUGCGGCUCCCCGGGUCCUGAUGGUCGAGUGUGUCGCUCGGACGCUUACGCUCUACCUCAGCGCAUCGACGACGCAGACACGGACGCAGACGUCGGAGACGCUUCGGUGUUCGAUUACUCGUCUGUGACGACGUGCAGCCCGGACGACACGCUGGAACUGCGGGGAAGAGACGAGGACGAGGAGGACGACGAAGAGGAGGACAGUGAGAUUCCCGUCCUGUUAAAGCCGUCGUACACACACGCCGCUGGAGGUUUGCAGAGGGAAGGGAGUGUGUGCUCACGCUGGCAGAUCCCCCGCGCCGCACCCCUGCCUCCUGAAGUGUGUGUAGCGGGAUCGGGGACGGGACGACGCACGACUAAACACCGCCGCAAAAUCCCCACUGGAGCCUUCCGACCGAUUUGGGACGCUCCCUUUAAACAGGGAGAAGGAGCUCCUGCUAAAGAGAACACGGUGUCCUUCAGCUCGACCAAUCAGAUCAUAAAUCCACAGAGACCCUCAGACUCAUCCCGCUCUGUGUACAGGAGUGUGUGUGGUGGUGAAAGGGACGGACUCUGGAACGACAGUGAUGACAGCGAGGGUCCCUGCAGCAACGUCUAACACACACACACACACACACACACACACACACACACACACACACACACAAUCCUCAUGUGUGAACAGACUCUCACCUAAAACUGACCAAUCAGAAUCCAGGAAUAAUGUGCAUCAUCAGGACAUUUAUUGACUCCUCCCCUUGAUUGAAUGACCUCGACUGCCAUCAAGUGGACUUCACUGUUUACCCAGAAUGCACUGCUGCAGUCUCACUCUCCUUUUCAGCAUGGUGGGCCAGCGAGUGAGUGAUGGAGUGAGCCUGUGUCGGCUCAGAGCUGUUCUCUUUAUGUAGUUUGGGACGUAACCCAGACUCUCUCUGUGUGUGUGCGCGUGUGUGUGUGUGCACGGCCUCGUACUAAUACACACCAAUGAUGAGUUAGUGCACUACAGCACGCUGUCCGAUCACGUCACACGGCAUCAGGACGACACAGAUCUGAUCACACAUCUGAUCAAACUUUCUAUCUUUCUUUUCUCUUUCCUCUCUGUGCUCUUCUUCCCUUGAUCUUUUCUCUCCUUUAAUCCUUCAUUCUGUUGUUUUAAGUGCUUCUGUACAUCCCUUCUUUCUGUGCACCCCUCCAUCCUUUACUUCUUUUUCUAUCCCUCCAUCCUUUUGUUUUUCUUUUUGUGCCGUACUUCCUUCUUUCCUCUUCUUUAAUCUGCACACUGCUUCAUUUUUUUAUCCCAUGUUUUACUUUCAUUUUCUGUUUAACCCCACAAUGCUUUCUUUCUGUCUUUUAUUUCUCCUCUGCAUCUUUCACGUGACCCUCUGACCCUGGAGACACCACGUGAGCUGAAACGUGAGAAAAUAAAACACGUGAGGAGAUUCCAUCACAUUCUGUACAAAA